AUGCAGAGCGCAACCUUCACUCUCUCGCCUUCUCUCCGGCUUCCGAAGCCUCGGAGACAAUCGAGCGCAACUUUGAACCCUAGAUUCGAUCCUAUACGUGCAUCAGCCUCUUCGAAGCCUAACAAUCUCGCGCCUCUUACGAAUGGUACCCUCUCUGCUUCUCUACCUCGCCGAUCCUGGUCUCUCUCUUCAUCUUCUUCUAAUUUCAAGCUCAGGCCAUGGACUUCCGUGCCUUUAGUGGAUUCCGAUGCCGGAACGAGUCGUUUUGAGGUCAGGGCUACUGCAGAGAGCGCUGAGGAGAGCUCUGAGUCUAGCAGCAUGUUUAAAACGCUUGAGCUCGGGGCGUUGUUUGGCCUCUGGUACCUAUUCAACAUCUACUUCAAUAUUUACAACAAGCAGGUCUUGAAGGUGUUCCCAAACCCAGUAACUGUCACUGGAAUACAAUUUGCUGUUGGGACUGCCCUUGUUCUGAGUAUGUGGGGUUUGAAUCUCUACAAAAAGCCAAAAGUUAGCGGUGCACAGCUUGCAGCAAUUCUGCCACUGGCGGUGGUGCACACUUUGGGGAACCUUUUUACUAAUAUGAGUCUUGGGAAAGUGGCUGUCUCAUUCACUCAUACGAUCAAAGCUAGUGAACCAUUUUUCUCAGUUAUCCUUUCUGCCAUGUUUCUCGGGGAGAUACCUACUCCUUGGGUGGUUGCUUCCUUGAUACCAAUCGUUGGUGGAGUGGGACUGGCAUCAGUUACUGAGGCGUCGUUUAAUUGGGCUGGAUUUUGGAGUGCUAUGGCUUCCAAUUUGACAAACCAAUCUCGUAAUGUCCUUAGCAAAAAAGUCAUGGUUAAGAAAGAGGAAAAUAUGGACAACAUUACACUCUUCUCAAUAAUAACAGUCAUGUCCUUUUUCUUGUUAACCCCUGUGGCUAUCUUCAUGGAAGGGGUGAAAUUUACUCCAGCAGCCCUGCAAUCUGCCGGAUUGAAUGUGCAAGAAGUAUACUUUAGGUCUCUUAUUGCUGCACUCUGCUUCCAUGCAUAUCAGCAGGUUUCUUAUAUGAUAUUGCAGAGGGUGUCGCCUGUUACCCACUCCGUCGGAAAUUGUGUGAAGCGAGUGGUGGUUAUUGUGAGCUCUGUCCUCUUCUUCAAAACACCUGUCUCACCUAUUAACUCUCUUGGCACUGGAGUAGCGCUUGCUGGGGUUUUCCUGUAUUCAAGGGUGAAGCGCAUUAAAGCAAAGCCGAAGACUGCUUGA